AUGGCGACAGGUAAAACAGUGAAAGACGUCUCUCCUCAUGACUUCGUGAAGGCUUACGCUUCUCAUCUCAAGCGAUCUGGCAAGAUCGAGCUUCCAUCAUGGACAGACAUUGUUAAGACCGGGAAGCUGAAGGAGCUUGCCCCAUACGAUCCUGAUUGGUACUACAUCAGAGCCGCAUCUAUGGCAAGGAAGGUCUACCUAAGGGGAGGUGUUGGAGUUGGUGCGUUCCGUAGAAUCUAUGGUGGCAGCAAGAGAAACGGCAGUCGCCCACCACAUUUCUGCAAGAGCAGCGGUGGCAUUGCUCGUCACAUCCUUCAGCAGUUGGAGACAAUGAACAUCGUUGAGAUAGACACCAAAGGAGGAAGAAGAAUCACUUCCAGUGGUCAACGGGAUUUGGACCAGGUCGCUGGACGUAUUGCAGCUGAAGUUUGAAGAUCUGAAUGAUGCUUUUAGUUCUUCACUACUUUUGAAACCAGUUUUCUGUUUUUAGUGUUUUAUCCUGCAAAACCAUUAUCAAUAUUGUUGGAACCGCGCUCACUGCGUUAAGAAUCUUUUUGUUGAGGUCUUUGAACAUUAAAAAUCCUUCUUCCGUUUAUGUUUUCU